UACCAUCACCCGUGAGAGGGGGGGAGCCGAGAGUUAGACGAAGAGCUUUCACCAAUAUCACAUCGCCAUUUAGUCGUUAGAUAGCCAUUGUAGUUGUCAGUUUAGGAUAGUCUUGCAAUUUGAACGCUUUUAUUAAAUAUAUGCAAAAUAUUGGCCUCCUAACGGAUACUUUUCAUAAAAGCAUAGUUGUCCCUCCCCUAAAUGGUAGUAAAGUAACGUUAUCCGUGUCUCUUGAUUGACGGGUCCAUAUUUCUUUUCCUGAAAGAACGGUAAAAAACAUUUUUUUUUAAAUAAAGCCCUGUGAAACUGAAGAACGGUCAGCGAAAAAUAACGGAGGUGGAAGAAAUUGAAAUAUCAAGAAAGAUUGUUGGGAGCAUCCGAGGGACAAGUGUGAAAACAAGAAAUCACUGAAAAAGAGACAAGAGUUGUGUCAUUUGCAUAUUUCUUUAGACGUCCUUAUUUUGUCAGAAUUUUUGUUGUUGACUUAGGGACUUGAACAAGUGACGCCAUGACGACGGAGAUGCAGGAGAUCGCCAUCACAGAGGAAAAACCUUUACUUCCUGGUCAGCCCGAUCCUACAAAGGAUGUUGAGGCUGCAGCUCGGAUACUGUUGGACCAGGGCCAGGAACACAGUAUUGAGACUCCACAUGGUCUCCUCCACGUGACUCUCCAUGGAACCUCCAACACACGCCGUCCCGCCAUCCUCACCUUCCACGACGUGGGCCUGGACAGUAAAAGCUGCUUCUCUCCUCUGUUUAUUGAGGAGAUGCAGGAGAUAGUGAAGAACUUUACCCUUGUCCACAUCGAGCCCUGGCCAAGAGGAGGGGCCACCGCCUAUCCUAUGGGAUACCAAUAUCCGUCCAUGGAGCAAAUUGCAGAGAUGAUCCCUGCUGUCCUGACGUAUUUCAAUUUCCGUACUGUCAUCGGAAUUGGAGUGGGAUCGGGUUCUUACAUUCUCUCCAGGUUCACAAUUGCCCAUCCAGACUCAGUUGAAGGUCUGGUUCUCAUCAACAUGGACCCUGAGACCAGAGGGUGGAUGGACUGGGCGGCCCAGAAGAUCACUACCCUGACCUCCUCCCUCACAGAGCAGAUCCUGAGUCAUCUCUUCAGCCAGGAGGAGAUGUCAGCGAAUGCAGACCUGGUGAGGUCACACAGAGAUCGCAUCUCUAAAGCCCCCAACCUCAUCAACAUUGAGCUGUUCUGGAGAAGCUACAACAGCCGCAGGGAUCUGAUCAUUGACCGUAACAGCAACUUCAAGUGUCCCGUGAUGCUGGUGGUUGGUGAUCAGGCCACUCAUGAGGAGGCUGCUGUGGAGUGCAACAGCAAACUGGACCCAACAACAACCUCAUUCCUCAAGAUGGCUGAUGCUGGUGGUCUUCCCCAACUCACCCAGCCCAGCAAACUGACUGAGGCGUUCAAGUACUUCAUCCAGGGGAUGGGCUACAUGGCAUCGUCCGUCAUGACCCGUCUGUCUCGUUCGCGCACCACCUCGCUGUCUUCCUCUUACUCCAUGGAGGGGGAGCGCGAGCGUUCUCGUACCCUGUCUCAGAGCUCUCAGGGUGGGCAGAUGCCCCCCAGCCCCUCCCAUACCAUGGAGGUGUCCUGCUGAAGAGAGAGAGAGAGAGAGAG